UUUAUUUAUCAUAACAUGCUAAGACACAGGGAAUCUGGUUGAUGGACUGACCCUGGUGGCACAAAAAUGGCAAUACUAACUUGUUUAAUCCUUGCUGUGGCUUUUACAGGUUUAACUGAAGCAGCUGGAAUUUUACCAGAUGGUCCUUUGAAUGCAGCUGUUGGAGGAUCAGUGAUGUUCACGACAUCUCUGACUGAAGCAGACGGACCAUUUAUCUCAGGGAUCUGGACCUUUAAUGUUACCGAUUUUAUAAUAAGCUACAAUCCAAGUUCAACUGAUAUUUUCCCAAACUAUCAGGACAGGAUCACCUAUGUUUCAUCUACAGCAUCUCUGGAGCUCAGAGAUCUGACCAUGGAGGAUACAGGAGAGUAUACUGUUAAUGUUGUACCAAAUGGGGGAGGAAGAAUCAAUCUGGACAUUUACGAAAAAAUCUUUGGAGUUUCCAUCAAAGCAUCAACAGAACAGAUCAUUGAGGGGAGCUCUGUCACCUUAACCUGUGAGGCCUCUGGAUCUUCACCCAGCAGAACAUGGAAGAAGGACGGAUCAGAUCUGAACUCGUCUGAAAAUGUGACACUUUCUGAAGACAACACAGUCUUAACUUUUAAAGCUGUGAAGAAGGAGAACAGUGGACAAUAUGUCUGUCUGGUCAGCAAUCCUGUCAGCAGUUCUGAAGCCAAGUUCACCAUUGUUGUUAACUAUGGACCAGAAAAGGUUCAGAUUGAAGGUAAAGAUCUGAUCAAUGAAAACGAUCAGAUC